CUGUCUUUCUUUCCUUCUUGCUUCCUUUCUUUUGCUAUCUUUUGUAUCACCAUUCUAGACAAUCAUGGCAUUUGCGCAGGCCAGGACUCCCCUUGAGGUGGUCAUCGUUGGGUAGGCAUUGGCGGCAUGGCCGCAGCCCUAACUCUGGGUCUACGAGGACACCAGGUCACAAUCCUCGAAUCGGCACCUAAGCUUAUGGAAGUUGGAGCGGGCAUCCAAGUCUCUCCUAAUAUGCUCCGACUGUUUGAUCGCUGGGGUGUCUCCCCCUCCAUUCACGCCAAAGAUGUUGCACUCGAGCAUAUCCACGUUCGUCGGUGGCAAGACGGCUCGUUACUAGGCACGAUGCCCGUCAACAAGACUUACGGUCAACAGGUGGUCAUCCACCGCGCUGAUCUCCACAACGCACUCAUUGACCAAGCGCUGGCGCUGUCAAAUGUGGAACUGCGCGUCAACUCCACGGUCACCGAUGUUCAAUUCGACCAGGCAGCGGUGACGCUCGCGGACGGCACCGUCGUCAAGGGCGACGUUGUCAUUGCCGCGGACGGCAUCAAAUCCGGCAUCCGGGGUCAGCUCCUCAACGACUACUCCUGCAAGGCCAUCCCCACGGGUGAUGCUGCCUACCGGAUCAUGCUUCCUCGCAGCGCGCUCGAGAGUGAUCCCGAGUUGAAGGCCCUGAUGGACGAGCCCCAAGCCACGCGUUGGCUCGGUCCCAAUCGCCACAUCAUCGCGUACCCGGUACGCAACCACGAACUCUACAAUGUCGUGCUGCUGCACCCUGAUAACCACGGCGUCGAAGAGUCCUGGACGACAAAGGGCUCCAAGCAGGCCAUGAUCGACAACUACCGGGGCUGGGACAGUCGCGUGACGAAGCUCAUCGACCUGGUGCCCGACGACGAGGUUCUCGAGUGGAAGCUUUGCCUUCACGCGCCCUUGAAGACCUGGAUCCGGGGCAACGUCGCUUUGAUCGGCGAUGCCUGCCAUCCUAUGCUACCGUACGUCGCCCAAGGCGCUGCCCAAGCCGUCGAAGACGCCGCCGCCCUGGGCAUUCUCCUCUCGACCAUCCCCUCGCGCGCCGCCAUCCCCACCGCGCUGCAAGCCUACGAGCGAUCGCGCAAACCCCGCGCCGAGAGCGUCCAGCAGUCCGGCUCCGAGAACCGCAUCACCCUGCACUUCCCCGACGGGCCCGACCAACUCGCCCGCGACGAACAGUUCCGGUCCUCGCUGACCAGCGGCUCCAACCCCGAUCGCUGGUCCGAUCGGGAAACCCAGAAAACGCUCUGGGGCUGGGACGCCGAGAAAGCCGCCCUGGCCGUGUGGAACGAAAUGCACGGCGAUGCCGUCUCAGAAGUCCGGCACCAUCUCUAAUUCCCCUAAAUUUUUCAUCGAUUUCCCUCAUCUUCUCUCAGAAUGAUGGGAAAAUGCUUCUUCAACCACGGAUGAUACCUAAUGUCUUCAACGGCCUUAACUUUUAAUGAUUCAACCUCGUUUUUCUUCAUGGAUGUUUGGAUUCCUUUUUUCCAGCGGAUUCUCAGCGACUUCAACUCAACUUGAUUUGUCGUAUACCCCCUUUUCUUUCCUUCUUGUCUUGCUUAUCUGGGUUUUGUGGGCUGGUCUAAAGAAGUGUUUGUGUGGCUCGGCUCUGGGCUGGAUCUCUGUACUGUAUAUAGAUUAUAGACUUGCUGUGCUUCGUGGCCUAUGCUGUUGCAGUGAACCUGUGCAUCUUUAUGACGUAUUUGCCAAGUGAU